UACCAUGCAAGUCCAAAUUUGUUAGUAUUCCUCUGUCUAUGAAGCCUCAAAUACAUAAAUAAUAAACUGGAAUUUUUUUUUCUUUUUUCGCUAAAUUUUUGUAUCAGCGCUCAUUUGCAUAUAAGUAUUAGUAUUUGGUAUUACUGAUUUUCAUGUUAAUCUUUUUAUUUCAGUUAGUAAUGUAUUAUUUAGUUGAAUUUGAGGAUGGAGUGGCAGUGGUUUCUCAUUGCUGGUUGUUACAAGAAUCAACUACAUGUUAUUGGCCUCAGGGAAUUGGUGCUACACAAUGGUCAAAAAUGAACAAGUUACCAAUUCCUAAUCACAAAGAUUGGCCUCUUUAUUAUUAUAUAAGAAUAUUGAAAAUUGGAGACUAUGAAAAGAUGAAAAAGGCAGAGGCUAAAUCUUUGCACUACACAGAUUUUUCUUCAAGUUGUUCGGAAAUAAAACAUGAUUUAAAGGAGAAAAAUUUGCAAACGCAAUGGCAAAGUAUAUCAUAUUUAUUGAGUCCUGACAUUUCAAUUUAG